UGAGGGGUGACGCAGCGCCUGUAGUCGAACCCGGUCGGUUGGGGAAGUGUAGCCAGAGCUGGGUGAGCUGCAAAAUGGGGGAACAAGAUAAUAAUGUUGAUGCUGAAACAGAGGUGAAGUAUUAUUCUAUGGAAGAAGUGAAAACUCAUAACAAAAGCAAAUCUACGUGGUUGGUGAUACACGACAAAGUGUACGAUGUCUCAAAAUUUCUAGAGGAGCAUCCUGGUGGAGAGGAGGUGCUGUUUGAACAAGCUGGAGGGGAUGCCACAGAAAGUUUUGAAGAUGUGGGACAUUCGUCUGAUGCCAGAGAGAUGCUGAAACAGUAUUUCAUUGGAGAACUUGAUUUGGCUGAUCGAAAAGACGAUUCUAAGGAUGUGUUAAUUACAACAUCUACAAGCCAAUCUAGUUGGUGGACAAAUUGGCUUAUUCCUGCAUUUGCAGCUGCUAUUGUAGGACUCAUGUAUCGUUUCUACCUUUCGGAGAACAAAACUUCAUCCUGAAGAUUUCCAUUUUAAAUUAACUACCUGGGUGUAAUGAAGUGGUGGUGGACCAGAAACUAACUGACUGGUGCUGGUAAUACCAAUGUGCUCAAGAUUUUACCAGUAAUUGGGUGUUAUUUAAUUUCUGUCGAAACUUGUAUGAAUUUUUUUUUCCUAUUCUAUGCACCAGUUAGUGAAGUAAAUGCAGUAUGCAAUACCAGAGUUUUAUACAGAACAUACAAUAUUAAGCAUAAUUCAAUUUUAAGCAUUGUUUGAGCCCUGUUUCAGACUUUUCAGGAAAAUUGAUCAAUUUUAUCAAGAAAAUCAUUGAAGAAUUCAUUUAUACUGAUGUUGCAAAUAUCUGCCCAUGUUGAACUCCUGAUAAAUGUUACCAUCAUGCACAUAAAUAAAUAAUUAUUGUAGUCUUUGCACGAAUUAGUUUCAUCUUCCCUUGACAAAAAUCAUUUUCCUUGAACUGUCUAUCACUUUUCUAUGUAAAAGAUACAUAUGCUUGAGGCAUAUUAAUAAUUUUCUCAGUUUAGUAAUGAUUUCACAAAACACUAAUUUUAUGGAGCUGGUAAUGUUACAUGAAAUGCAGCUGAAAAUCUUACAGCCUAUAUUUUCCUUGUUCUCUUCACCUUGAGGGUGACAAAUUCAACGCAAGUACAAUAUAAUGGAUAAAACUCAAACGUGGGCAGGAUUUGGUUCAAGCAGACAAAGGAGAUAUUAUUAAAAGAUAGCUGAUCUAUUUACUCAUUGACCUGCAAGGAUAAAGUAACUGUUAUGAUUUACUUUGAUUUUUUUUUUGGAGGUACACUGUUCCACAAAAUGGAAACAAUUUUACCUACUAUUUCUGAUUGGUUCUUAUUCCUUAAGGUGAAUUUGAGUUGAGGGCAAGUGCAAGAAAUCCUGAAUUGCGCUUUGUAAUAUUUAAUUUCGUCUCUGUUCUUUUGAUCUUCUGUUCAUUGGAACUAAAUUGGUUCCCUAUGACCAGUCUUGUACCUAAAUUCUGUAAUUACUGAUGUGAAUCAAUGUUGGUGAUUAUUUUUGCAUGUUGUAUUUCAGAUUUUGUUAACCUUAAAUGUGAUAACAAAUUUGUUCUCAUUAUGUGAAUCUUAUUAGUGUGCAUGCAAUUUGUAUGUCUGUGGUAUUACAGGGGUUUGAUUUGUAUAUUCAGACUAUAUUUCUAACUGACUAUCCUUGCAUCAAUUUUCAAUGAUGUCUCAGAAACUGACAUUUCACAAAAAACUGCUAGCUGACUCUUGCAUUACUAGUGCACACGUUUUUAAAAUUAUCACCAUACCGCAGUGUACGCAGUAGUAAUUUAGCCUAUUUUAUCUAAAUUCUUCACAACAUGAGCUAAUGAAUAUGAUGUCUUCUACAAUUAUCCUGAAAGGCAUUUUCACUUAUUCUUUAACUUACUGUAAUAGCUUCUGUAAUGUAAUCUUGAAAUUCUGGAUUUUACUUAAUGUCAAAAUAUCCAGAUAUAAUGUAUUCUGUUGCUACCAUCUCUACUUAUGCAACAUAAUCUAUGCCUACUAUACAUCGAUGAAUGUUGAGUGAGUGCAUAUAACGUUUGCUAACCACGAAAUCUUUAUUGCGUUCAUUCCUUAGAACCAAACACAGAAUUUAUUCUCAUAUGGCCACUAUGUUGAGUAAUAUAUGUAUCAAUGAAGAAGUACUCAUCUAUCAAAAUAAACUUCCUUUAAUGUAAAAUGAUUGGUAAUAAUCAAGUUACUAAGAUUAAAUAUGAUUUAUGUUAUAUGCUUUCUUGCAUUGAGCACGGUCGAUCCAUUCCUGCACUUUUGUGCUCACUCCCCCAUAAUGCUAGACUCCCCUGUAGUUAAAAUGUCUGCAAAUGCAUUCAAUUAUCACUUUCAGGUUCCUUCAGUGCAGAGGUUUUAAAAUAAUCACAGCUCUCUGAAGACAUUUCUCUAAGUCUUAAUAUACUGCUGAGUUCUAUGCACCAUUCAAAAGUAGAAAUAUCUUGGCAUCCUCCCUGUUAAUUCUCAUGAGAAUAUUUUCUUUCAAUAGAUUAUCUUUUGUUCACUUAAACUAUAAAAAUAUUGUCAUUCUACUGCUAUUUUAUUUUUUAAUCAGUCACUGUACAUCUAAGUGAAAUUUUAACAUGUUAGUUUUUUAUGGUUUUGAAGAUCAAGUCAAAAAUUUUAAGACAUUUACAAAAAAAAUUACAUCAGAUUUGGAAGAGCACUGCCAUUUGCUUUUAAACUCUACACUAAACUAAUAUGCAAGGAAUGCCUUAUACUUAUUUUAAAAUCUGGUGCAGAAAAUAAUAUGCACGUGUUCUUUAAAUUUUGUACUUGUAUUUGGAUAUCUCUGAACAUCACUCAGUAGUUAAAUACUUAGCUUUUUUAAAAUAUACAUCUGCUUUGAUCCAGAUUUACACUGACCAAUGGUAUUUGUUUAUUUUAAUGUAAACAUAAUUCCAAACUUCGUGCUAAGCUUCCUUAAUAAACCUACCUUCCCCCCCCCCCCCCCCGCUCCGGAAUCUGUAAAAUCAAUUGUUAGUAGUGUUUCCUACUAAACCACAUGUGAAAUGACCAUGACCCACAAUUUUGUCUUUACACUUGCAUCUUUUCCUAAAUGGUGAAAGCAAAAGAGCCAAUUCUCUCUGUCAAAACAGUGAUCCAUUGAGACCUAUUGUCUGUUCAGUUAUACUGCUAACUUGAUCAGUUAACCUUGCAAUUUAGUAAUUAAAUCUGGAAUACAGAAUUAUUUUGAAUCAACUUCUUGUAGGGUAAACUCAGGCUUUAUUCUUAAUCGUCAAAAUAAAGUUCUCCAGGCAAUAUUUGUGCUAUAUACUAUUAUAAAAAUUGAUUAUAUUGACAAUAGUCCACCUACAAAUUAUUUUGAAAGGUUCUAUGAACUAAUCCCAAAAAUACUGCUAAAAGUAUUUAUUGUGCUCCGACCCCAAUUUGUUACACUGUAAGUGAUGGUCAGUUGAGAAUUGAUGUUUAUGUAAAUUUCAGAACUUUUCAUUUCUUGCAAUUGUAGAAAUUUUCCACAAUUAGGUCAAUUAUUUCACAACUGCUUAUACACAAUGUGCUUUUUGGGAAGAGAACUCAAACAAAUAAAAUGUUUAAAUUUAUUGGUCCAUAUUCACAUUAACUACAAAUUUAUCUAUUGUCAGUUAUUGUGUGAAACCUUUGAAGUACAAAUGUACAAUUUUUAAUGUUAAAAUCAUUUGAGGUCAACAUUGUUUAUCAAAAUAUGAAGAAAUUUAAUGUUUUGUCCUUGUAAUACUUUGAUAUUUCAAAUGAAAAUAAUGAGUCUUUUUCUGUUGUAUUGGAAGAAAUAAUGAAUGCUCUUUAAGUAAAUUCAUACAUUUGUACUGUAUUUUCAGUCUAUAAAAUGUUAUGAAUUAAGCUGAUUUGAACUUAAAUGCAUUGAAUGUACUAUAAAAUUCACAGUGUAUUUACAUAAUUUCCUGCAUAUCUGCCUGUACUGCAGAGGCUUAACAUUUCUCCCUAACUUGUAUUCUACCAGUUAAAGCCAUUGAGUUACAUAAUUGAGAAAUGGGACUUGUAGCCCAAGAGGUCCAUUUCAGAAUUGGAACGAGGUUUAAUAUCACUGACAAAUGUGAAAUUUGUUAACUUAAUGGCAGCAGUACAAUGCAGUACGUGAUAAAUAUGGGGGAAAAUAAUUAUAGUGAGUUAAUAUGUACAAACGUAUAUUAAACAGUGCAAAACAUAAUAAAAAGUGCGG